CGUCAGCAGGAGCUUCGAAAGUGGAGGAAAAGAAGAAAGCUGCCACAACUUCGAGUCAGUUGGGAGAAGUGGCGGCGCUACAUCUAAUAGUAAUACCUAGCUUGCUUCCGAAGAUCCUUGCUCUGCCUCUUCAUCACACCCUUGCUGAGGUUGCAGUGCUGCAACGCGAGUCAUUCGAAGCCGAAAGCAGGGGUUUUGUGCGCUGGAGGAAAAAUGAAAGUGACGCCCCACUCACAAGACUAGGUUUUCCAGCUUGUUUCGAAGAGAAGUCAGAAAAUGGAAGGACUGUAGCGUGGAGAAGGAUGGCACAGACAGCUGGUGACUUUGAAGGAGAGAUCAAAGGGAUGGAGGGUCCAAGCGGGACGGAAGAGGACCUGGCAGGAAGACAGAAACAGGAGAUGCAUGCCCUUCAAGAUGCUCAAAGGAGGUUGCGCGACCGCCUCUCUCUCACGCGGCAUCCUCUGCUGACGCUAAAGUACUUCUGCCUGGCGGUCCUUGAGUACCUGACGGAGACGCUGCAAUAUCUGCGGAGGCGGCGGUUCAUGCAAGCAGUCCUGCUGUUGUUUGGUCUUGUAGCCAGCACAUGUUGGGUCUUGGACGUUCCACAACACAAGUACAUACAUGAGUUGGUGGCAACAUUCAAGUACGCAGUCUGGUGGAUCCUCUUGGGGAUUGCCUCUUCCAUUGGCCUCGGUUCCGGCCUGCACACCUUCGUCCUGUACCUCGGCCCCCACAUCGCGGCGUUCGUCAUGAAAGCCACCCAGUGCGGCCGCGUCGACAUCAAGCAAAGCAUCUACGACACCGCACAGUGGCACGUGGAAUCCACAUGGGCCAGAAAAAGCUGCGAGGACCUGGGCCCCCCCGCGUUCCCGCACUUUCCGUCGGAGCAUGGCGGGUACAAGGUGCCCAUUCUCACCCUGCUCCGGCAGGUCCAGGUCGAGGCGGUGCUCUGGGGGCUCGGGACGGCGCUCGGGGAGCUGCCGCCGUACUUUGUGUCGCGGGCAGCGCGCUUGUCUGGGGAGCGGGUGAAGGAGCUGGAGGACCUCGACCGGGAAGACACGGAGGGGCGAGGAACGCUGAUGGAGCGCGCGCAGCGGUUCAUCUUCCACCACGCCAAGAACUUUGGCUUCUUCACCAUUCUAUUAUUCGCCUCGGUACCUAACCCUUUGUUCGACUUGGCCGGUAUCACCUGCGGCCACUUCCUGGUGCCGUUCGCCAAGUUCUUCUCGGCCACGCUGAUUGGGAAAGCGAUCAUCAAGACGCACAUACAGACGUUCUUCAUCAUCUUGGUGUUCAACGCCGCGUCCGUCGAGCGCGUCGAGCGCGCCCUGCAGUGGGCGAUGAAGCACGCGCCAGGUGGCAGCGAGCGAUUGGUCUCCCAGGUGCUGGCGCUGUUCGACAAGGCCCGGGACAAGUUCUCAGAGGACUCGAACGGGAACUGCGCGUCUAUACCGCAACCCACGGAAAAGUCAGCGAAGCUGUCUGUAUCAACAGUGUGGAACACGAUCGUGACGCUGAUGCUGGUGGGGUUCCUGGGAUCGAUUGUGACUUCGACGGCACGAGGUUAUCUUUUUGAGAAGCAUAAGGCGGAGCUAUUGACACUAGCAGGCAAGCAGAAGGCAGAGGCGAGAGGCGAUUCUUUGAGCGAACAGAGAUUAGAUAGAUUAGAGAGCAAGGAGGCAUAGAAGCUCAUGCGGGUGAUAUGAUAAACAUUCUUGAUUCAAGUCUGGAAGGUUGAUUCAACGAGGAUUACAGGAGCGGCUAGGUUCCGGGCCCCUGCGCUUGUCAAGGUCAUUGGCGACACAGCCGGAACUACUCCAGUCAAAAUAUCCGACCCUCUUGUAUACCCUCACCGUCCAUCAUUUUGUGGCCACGGGCCAUCGAUGUCUUCAAGUCGCCGCUUGAUACACAUGGCGGUGGCUAUGCCCACUCAUAGAAAUUUGG